AAAUGAGCUUCCCGCAAUAGGAUUACUUGGCAAUGCUGAAAGCCAAACCUCCAGUUUACGCUCCAGUACAGUAAACUUCAUAAACUCCUAUGAUUUAUCCAAAUCCACAAUUCCUGUAAGCAUCAUACUUCUCUUUACUCCCUUAUAUACCCGAUAUACUUAUUACUAUACACUCUUAUAAUGUUUUAGACAACCAUUAAUGAACUACCCAACUUACUACAUGAUGAUGCAACAAUUGUAACAAAUGCAGUAGAUGCAACAACUACCCCAAAUGGCAGCCAUGAGAAUUCCGAUGAUGCCUUAACAGCCCCAAAUACAAACACUGCCCUAACCGACUAUGCCACUCUAAAAUUAGCCGCAGAAUCCACCCUCACAAAAAAUCGAUCAUGACAUUGUCGUCUCUGUAAAAGGGACAAAGGUGAAACUAAAUCUCAAAAUCAUAAAAGAUCUGCCUCUGGAAGAGGACAGCAUUCUAGAUUACGAUGAAAUCAAAAAGUAAAGUGGAGAUCACAAAUACAUAAGUCUUAGGAGAAAACGUAGAGUCAUAGAUCAGUAAGAGGCCCCCUUGAUGUAGACCAGAAGGAGGAGCGAACAAUCAUAAUGUACCUAUAGAAAUUAUAUUUAUAGAUUUAGAAAUCCGAGAAAUGUUGAAAGCUGAUGACAGAGACAUGUCCUUAAUUUUAGAGACCUAUCCUGAUACCAAAAUAUUACUAUAAGAGUUAAGGAAGGGAAACUUGAAAAGGGAAAUUGAAAAGUUAUUACUCAAAUGA